ACCUCUGGGUCAGCGUGGAGAUGUCAUUCAUAUAGCUGUGGAAGGCUUUAUCAGCUCUUGAGGAAACUUUCCCCUGCGCACACACUUACACCACUCCAGGCUGGAGCUGUAGUAGAGGAAAAUGGAGCCUGUAGAUCUCCUGGCAUUUGCCUCCACAGAAAUGAAUAGGACAACAGUCACCCUGGCUUUGCUGGUGGUCUUCCUGGUUCUGCUGUAUUGGUACUCUACCUCUGCAUUCUCCAAACUAAGCAAAGUAGGGAUCCGACAUCCUCCACCUCUUCCUUUCAUUGGAAACCUGCUCUUUUUCCGUGAGGGUUUUUGGGAAAGCCACACAAAACUCCUAACGGAGUAUGGACCUGUUUGUGGGUACUACAUUGGUCGCCAGGUGUUUGUGGUGGUCUCCACACCAGACAUGAUCAAGCAAAUCUUAGUGACUGACUUCAGUAACUUCACCAACAGAACUAAGCCGAACUUGAUUUCCAAGCCAAUGCUUGACAGCAUCCUUUGUCUUCGUGAUGACAGAUGGAAGUAUGUCCGGAGCCUCCUGACCCCAGCCUUCAGCAACACCAAACUGAAAGAGAUGACACCGCUAAUAAACCAGGCCUGUGACGUCCUGCUGUGUAACUUGAAAGUCUAUGCAGAUUCUGGCAAAGCUUUUGAUAUCCAGAGGUGUUACAACUGCUUUACCUUGGAUGUCGUUGGUAGUGUAGCUUUUGGUACUGAGGUGGAUUCUCAGAAGAAUCCCGAUGACCCCUUUGUUAAAAAUUGCAGAACGUUCUUUGAAAUGUCUUUGUUUAAGCCUCUCCUCAUCCUAAUCCUUUCUUUCCCAUUCAUAAUGAUACCAUUGCUCCGGAUUUUGCCAAACAAGAAACAAAAGGAACUGAAUGGAUUUUUUAUCCAAACCAUAAAAAAUGCAAUUGUCUUCAGAGACCAGCAAGAUGCAGCUGAGAGACGCAGAGAUUUUCUUCAGUGGAUGCUCGACUCUCGCGACUCAGCUGACUCCCUGGCAGCCGGGUGUUUGGAUGUGAUCAGUCCAUCUGCUGCUUCCAGACAGAACGAGGUGCCUGUUGCUGGCAGGGCCACACCUGAAAAGGUUCAGAAGACAUUAACGGAGGAUGAGAUAGCAGGCCAAGCUUUCCUGUUCCUGAUCGCUGGGUACGAGACCACCACCAGCACGCUCUCCUUUGCCACGUACUUACUAGCCACCAACCCAGAGUGCCAGGAGAAGGUGCUUCAGGAGGUUGAUGAGUUCUCAGCAAAACACAUGGUCCCUGAUUACCAAAAUGUACAAGAACUCCCUUAUCUGGACAUGGUGAUUGCAGAGACAUUGCGCAUGUACCCACCUGCAUUCAGGUUCACUCGGGAAGCAGCUAAAGACUGUGUAGUGCUGGGGCAGCGUAUUCCAGCUGGGGCUGUCAUUGAAACCGCAGUUGGACAUCUCCACCACAACCCUGAGUUCUGGCCAGAGCCUGAGAAGUUCAUUCCCGAGAGGUUUACAGAGGAGGCCAAGAAGGAACGACAUCCCUUUGCAUACCUGCCCUUUGGGGCAGGACCCCGUGGCUGCAUUGGCAUGAAGAUGGGUUUGCUGGAGACAAAAAUUACUCUGCUGAGGAUUCUGCAGAAGUUUCAAUUUAAGACCUGCUCAGAGACUGAGAUUCCUUUGCAGCUGAAAUCCAAAGCCACACUUGGACCAAAAAAUGGAGUCUACAUUAUGCUAGAAUCUCGCUAAAAGAAAACGUAGAACCUGAAGCCUCCUGGGAUGGGAGCCCUCAUUCAGUGACUCACUGGGUAUAAUUAUUUUUCAGAAUCCCAAAGACAAGUAGGAGCCGAAGUCCUGAUGAUGGUCAGUAGGUGCUGCGACACUGCCCUCCUGUGGGAGAUCCUCCAGCCACUUUUUAAGACGCGAUGUGGGCUCCACAGUCAUUUGGUGGUUUUCAAAUUGCUGUGAAUAAUAUCUGUAAAGAAGUAUCCCACUUUUACUUUUCUGCAUUACACUUCCUUUCACUCCUCUUUGAGAAUGCUUUUUUCAUGCUCAAGUUCAAUGAAUGGAGCAGGUGUUAAGCGUACACUAGAUUUACAAUAGCUUUUAAUUACAGUUCAUUAUCUCACACAUCCUUCUCAUGUGCUUCUAAGUCCCUGCUCUAGAGAAAGCCCAAGAGGCACCACAGUUAUAGCAGAAGACCUGGGAUCCAGUACGUUGGGUUUUUUCCUGAACUCUGCUAAAACUCAAAGUGGAGUCUCCUGCACAAUGCUUAAUCUCUCCCUGUGUCUGUAAAGUGGAAGAAGUUGCACUUCUUCAUGAUUUUAGAGUGAUUUGAAAUGCACUUAGAUUAACAAUUUGCACUUGGGGCAUUGCAUUGACAUGACUGAGGAGGAAUGAAGAGCUCCCCUGUUUACCAGUUAAGUUCCGGUAGCUAAGAUCAAAGAAACGAGGUGGCAGCCAUUUCCUGGUUACUAAACUGCUGUUGGAAAUGUGGAGAGAAGAAGAUACAGAAAUUUAAUAAAAGCAGGAAGACUGGAGGCAAUUUAAGGAUGUUCAGAAGGUGUUGGUACAACAUCUGCU